CGUGGUCGGGCCCCUCUCCCGCGCCCAGAGCACUCGGGAUGACCCGAGAGAGAAACCGGGUCCCCCCGCUGCCCUCAUAACCGCCCCCCAGGCUUAUUGCGUCUUGACUUGCCUGACCUACUAGCGGCAUUCGACACACUGAUGAGUCUUCUGGAAAUCGUUUCCUCACUCGUUCCCCCUAAUUUCCCCGGUCUCUGUAACUGUUGGAGUGCCCAGGACUCUGCCCUUGGACCUCUUUUCUAGCUGCACUCACUUCCUGGGUGACAGCUUUUCCACCCACUCUCACGGCUUUUAAAUUUUGUAUAUUGAGGACUUAGAAAUUUAUACACCGAAUCCUAGAUGCCUUCUUGACAACUUUUGAAUGUCUAUUAGGCCAAAACCCAAGCUUACCUCCCCGGCCCCCAACCCAGUUCUUCCCAUUUCAGCCAAUAAUAGCUCCUCUUUAGAGUUAACCAGCCCCCAAACCUUGGGGCCGGUCUUGACUCCCUAACAGCAUACCUGCCCAAACCACUAUGCCAGCCAAUCCUGUUGGUUUUAAAAUAUACCCAUAAUCUAGCCACUUCUCACCACAUCCAUCUUACCACCCUGGUCCACGCCGCCAGACUUUCUCCCAUAUUGCCAACAGCUCCCAUGCAUUUCUUCAGGCCAUUCUCAAUCCAGCAGUCAAAGCGAGCCUAAUAAAAACCUAAGCUAGAUCAUGUCACUUCUCUGCUACAAACUCUCAAAUGACUUCCCAUCUCAGAGUAAAAGUUUAAAUCUUUUAAAAGGACUACAAAGCCUUACGUCAUAGGCCAGCAUUCUCUCUCUGACCUGCUCUCCCGUUUGUUCACUUAACCACUACUGAGCUGUUUCAUGGCCUUUACCCUUCCUUCUGCCUGGAACUCAACCUCACAUGCCUGCUUGGCUUCGUCCCUCACUUCCGAUGGUCUCUGCAAAUGUCACUCCAGGAAGCCUUCCCUGGCUACCUUAUUUCAGAUGAUAGCAGCUCCAUCAUCACUUCCUAUUCAGCUUUCCUGUCUUUUUUCUUCCCAGCACUUAACAUUUGGUGUUGUUUCAUUAAUUGUUUUUCUCCACGAAUUGUCCUUUGUUCACUGCUGUGUCUCCAGCUCCCAAGAGAGUGCCUGAUACUUAACAGUCACUCAAUAAAUGAAUUUUACAUUUGGCAGAGCUAAGUUGCAAGCAUGGUGCUUUUAGCUCUUUGUAGUGCUGUUGUACCCCUGGGACGCAGCACAGUGCUCACCAAUAAAUAUUCAUUGAAUAAAUAGGUGGUGCUCACUUUCCUUUUCAGCUACAUCACCUUCAUGCCCUCACCUUUCCCUCCAUAGCCAUGCUUGCUUUUUCACUAUUUCUACCUGAAAGCCCUUUACCUGUAUUGGGUGCCAUCUCUAAAUACAGGUGGAAUGUAUAGUCAUCUGUGACAAACUUUGUCAAGCUUUCUCUUUGAAUUUGAAGUGUUUGUGGCUCGCCCAUGCAGAAUUUAAUAAUUUCCAGGGCAUUUACAUCACACUCUGUUAUAGUUCUUACCAGUCUUCAUUUGUUUAGGGCUCCCCUAGAACGUGAGUUCUUUAAAGAGAGCAAUUGUUUCACUUCCAUAUUCGUGUCUCCACAUCCUAGCAUGGUAAAUGGUCAAUGAAUGCUUUCUUGAUUGCAUAAAGGGUCUGAGGCAAGUCUUUUGUCUUUUACCUUGUACUGAGAGCUACCUGAAGACAAAGCCCAGCCCGCAAACCAUAAAAUUGUGCUAAUUAUUUUAAAAAAAGAAAAGAAACAAAGUCAUAGUAAAAUUUGUUAUUUUGUGAUUAAUGUGUUUGUAAAAUAGAUGAGACAUACAGCCUUUUUUACUUAGUACAAGUAAUGAGCAACAGAGUGGGGAAUUACUUGUCUGGUGCUAAAAGGAAUGAAUGGAUACAGUUACAGUGUUUUGCAAAAUAAAUUAAUGCCAGUUUAUCUUUUAAUAAAUUCUCAUCUUCUGAGCUUGCUUAUGGACAAUGUAUAUCUGCUUAUAUUAAAUACACUGUUCUUUUUCACAUUUAUAACAUUGGCAGUUUUUUUGCGGUAACAAUAUUCUGAUUUGUUGAAUCAUGAAUUUCAUUUGUAUAAUUUUAGAUGCUAAAAGUACUUUUGAAGGAACAUGUCCAUACUGUUUCCAGUUGCUGGUUCUGGAUAAUUCUCGAGUGCGCCUCAAACCCAAGCCCAAACUGACACCCAGAAUACAGAAACUUCUUAAUCGAGAAGCAAGAAAUUAUACACUCAGUUUUAAAGAAGCAAAAAUUGUGCAAAAGUACAAAGACUCCAAAAGUGUAUUGUUGAUUACUUGUAAAACAUGCAACAAAGCGGUUAAACAUCAUGGUAAAAGUAGAAGCUUUCUAUCAGCACUGAAGAGCAAUCCUACCACUCCUACGAGUAAACUCAGCCUGAAGACACCAGAGAGAAAGACUCUAAGUUCUGCAAAGCUAAAUCAUAGUGUGUCUGGUUCCAAAGGCAAGAGCCCAGCAUUGAUUUUCAGAACACCUACAUCUCAACAGUCAACACCCACUUGCUCCUCAAAAAGUGCGAACAAAACAAAGAAACACUUCUCUCAACUAAAAAUGUUGCUUAGUCAGAGUGAAUCCAAAAAGAAUUCAAAGGUGGACUUCAGAAAUUUCUUAUCUUCUUUGUAAAUGAAAACUAGGGUCCUAAAGCAAACUUUUCUUGGCAUUCUUCAAUAUUUAUGGAGAAAAUAUCUCAUUAGAAUGAGUAAAUAAAACCCACCUACCUCCCACAGUGGUUCUGAGAAUCAAAAAUAUAUGAAAGGUCCUUGUAAGUAGUAAAGAUUGAUAUGGACAUUGAGUGGUGGCUAUUUUCUCCUCCCUUAAUUAGCAGCUUUCCUUGCUUGUCACUUUCUUUUGUAAGGGACUUGAGGCCUCUGAGGGGUGUACUCCUUUCUAGGUGUCUGUACUGCUGAUUUGGAAGAAGGCUCAAGUAUGUGUGUCCUUGUUUUCCCACAAUCCUCUGCAUAACUGUGUAUUUGUAAAAUUUGAUUAUUCCUAUUUUGCAUGCGAAAGUAAAUACUGAUCCAGUCAGAUACCAGAUUUUUCAUUUUUACAACUUUCUGUUCCUUUGGUAAUAUUUCACUGUUAAUGGCUUUUCAUUUGCUCUGGUAAAGUCUAAAAUUUAUUACUUCUAGGUCUAAAAUUUACACUAGAACAUAACAUAUUAACAGUUUGGCUGUCUUAAAUUUUCUCUGGAACACAUAUAGUUUUUUUAAAUGAGAGGCUAGAAUUGUGUUCCAUAUGUUUUUAAAAAACUCUUUAAAUAAACAAUGUAGAUUUUAAACUA